CUUGUAGUCUGCUCUCUUUGCAAACCCUCACAAACCAGUGCUGGAUGGCUCCAGUGCAGUCAGGGCUGUACAGAGCUACACAUGUGGAGGCGUAUCACUUUCCGAAGACAGGGGAGAAUCCUUUUGGAAUCAAGUUCCCAGGAGACGCUUCAUCCAAUUCCUCGCCAGAGGGCUACAAAGGCGGAGGCACUUUGCGAGAUUCCAGGAGAGACAAAAAGUACAUCGAAGUUCGCAUUGAUAAGGCGAAUGAGAUUCUUGGCAUGGAUAACUUCAGUUUGCACCCUUUCUGCGUGAGCGCCUACUAUCCAGGAGAAUCAGACGAAGUCAUCAAUGCGAGGAAAACAAAGAUGGUUCCUGCGAAGAAGAGCGCACCGGGCUCGCGCCGGGAGGACUGUUUUUUUUUUGAGACAAUUCGCGUGCCCUACAACCCAAGGCAACAGCUCUUGCACGUGGAAAUAUUUGAGGUCCAAGUUCCGCUGCAGAUGGAGCUGGAAGACGAGUGGGUCGGAAGGGCGACUGUGCAGUUGGCGGAUCCCAAAGUGAAUCAGCCGGCAGAGUAUGAACUGACACGCGGCCCUUUGGAGUACGGGGGCACGGUGACGGUGAGUGUGAAGCUCCCUCCUCCAGAGGUUGAAACUCAUCCACUGCCCGAGCUGCGGGAGUUUCCAGAACCAGUCUCUCCACGCCAAUACGUCAAAUCCAAAGCGAUGGACGCAGGUGGAAUCGACAUGAGCCCUUUUGACAUCCCUCGCAAGUCAAGUGGCACAGGUGGAAUCGACGUUACCCCGCUCGAUGCGCCUCGCACAAGGUCGGGGUCAAGGUCAUCGGAAGGCAAAUCGCCUCCACGGCCCAUCUGGGUGCCCGUUAUCAACGGUCCCGGGGGUUCCGGUUUUGGGCUGACUCCGCAGAUUGACAAGAUCGCCUUCCAGCCAGGCCAAGAUUUGAAAGGCUCAAUGAGCCCAUUGCCGAGCUUUGGCCCGCAGUGGUUCACUGCGAAGCUGCCCGGAAGCCUCGCACCGCGUCCCCUGCCGGAUUGCGCGUUUCACCUGCCUCCCGCACUGCCAGGGCUGAUCGCCCAGAUGCCCGAGCUGGCGACGGUGCCUCCCGGCGUGGCAGCUAUGGUGGCGAAGGCCCUGCGGGCACCACCUCUGACCACCCCGACGAUGCCGCCACCGCCGCCGUCGGUGCUGGCUCUCCCUGUGCGAUGCGGCAGAGCAUCGAUGGUUCCUCCGUGCUGUGGAGGCCCUUGGAUUCCGUCGCGAGUCGCUCCAGUGAGUGUUGCUCCCGCAGUCUAUGGCAGAAACCUUUGCCGUGUGGCCUGCUAAGGCAGUCUGAAUCCUGGCGAUUUCCGACAGAUUGUGACCAAUGUGACCAAUGUGACCAAUGCUCACACGGCAGAAACAUGUGCUAUGUGAUCGUUUGACUCGUUUGACCACUUCGCUGAAGGAAAAAAGAACAAAACACUUGCUACUGUUAGAGAGCAGGAUUCUUCCUGUGGUCCGAACAUAUUUUGGACAUGGUGAC